CUCAAAAUGGCGACUACUGACAGUGAGAUGCCGGACUAUGAAAAGAAGGGAGAUUCGGAAGAUGUUAAAGUAAAAAUUAUAUGCCUCGGUGACAGCGCAGUUGGAAAGUCCAAGUUGGUUGAGCGUUUCCUGAUGGAUGGAUACAAACCACAGCAGCUGUCAACAUAUGCUUUAACCUUGUUCAACCAUAAAACUGAGCUGAAUGGGAAACAAAUAUCUGUCGAUUUCUGGGACACAGCCGGCCAAGAGAGGUUCAACAACAUGCAUCCAUCAUACUACCACCAGGCCCAUGCUUGUGUUAUGGUGUUUGACACCACAAGGAAAGUGACGUAUAAGAAUCUACCCAACUGGUUGAAGGAACUGAGGGAAUACAGGCCUGAGAUACCCUGCCUAUGUGUGGGCAACAAGAUUGAUGUUGACAACAGUGUCACACAGAAAGGUUUCAACUUUGCCAAGAAGCACAACAUGCCAUUCUACUUUGUGUCGGCAUCUGAUGGAACUAAUGUUGUCAAGUUAUUCAAGGAUGCAGUACGUGCUGCUGUGGACUAUAAAAAUAACUCAACAGAUUUCAUGGAUGAAGUGAUGCGAGAACUAGAGUACUUCGAGCUUGACAGUGGCAAGAGUAAAGAGGACAAGGAUGACAAGUCGGACAGUGGACUAGACACAGACAAAGAGGACAGCAAGAAGACAUCUUGAGAUUGGCUAGGCUUAGAAAAACAUGACUGUUUUAUGCAUCAUAUAUUCUCAGGCAAAAUGCUUCACACUUCAUGAACACGGCAGGGACAUAGAGGGAGGAGGGAUGUGACUGCUGGCUGCUAGGUUACACGACUUUCAUAACUUCUGGAACCUUGGUUAGGGGCAUAGUAUCUACAACUUUGGUAACAGAAGAUACGAGUUAGCAGUUACUAGCUAUGUGUCGCUUGAAUAGGUCACCCCACGUUUCUUUUUCUUUUUGAGGCAAGGGUUGAGACAUUUGAGAUACAAUCAAUGGCAGCUGCAAAAAUGGACUAUCAAUCUAUAUUUAUUGAUACCAAAACAAUGUGAUAAGCAGUUGGAUAACUCAUGGGUUGUUAACAAUAACAAAAGGCCACAACUUCUGAUUUUGCCAUGUGAAAGAAAUGUUUACCAUAUAUGAAUUGUUCCUGAUGAUUCUUAUCAUAAUAUAACAUGUCCUCAAUUCUUUACUGAAGUGACUAGUAGUAGUGAAGAUGUCACAUCACAGUAUGUUGGGCAUUGCAUGUUCUGUAUGUUGGGUAUUUGUGAUAAAUGGGUAAAUGCUGUGAUAGGAAUAUGCUGGUCUGUUAUAUUGAUGAAAUUGUGCAUUGUUUUGUAAAGUACUUAUCAGGCUACAAACCUAAACUGUCAAAGUUGGUCACUUCCAGAAGAUCUCUAUAGUCUUUGGAUUUUGUUUGUGAAGAGUCAAAACAGUACAGCAUAUGAGUAUCUGAUCUUUUCUGUGAAUCAUCCAUGUUUAAUCUUUGUCUUUCUAGUCAGUUCGGUCAUAUGCAGUGUGGCUAUCACACACAAGCCACACCGUACAGUGUAUAGCCAUCAAACACUAGCCACUCUGUACAGUGCAUGGCCAUCAAACACUAGCCACACUGUAAAGUGUAUGCAUAUCAGAUACUAGCCAUACUGUACAGUGUAUGCAUAUCAGACACUAGCCAUACUGUACAGUGUAUGCAUAUCAGACACUAGCCAUACUGUACAGUGUAUGGCAGUGUAUGCAUAUCA